AUGUUAUCUGAACAAGCAGUCAUACUGCUGCUGUUUGCUUCUUUAGCGAGUUCCCAGACUGUCAUAACAUUCUCCUUGAAUAAAACUACUACAUUGCUGGAUAAAGAAUUAUUCAAUAACUUUAUAAACAUAAGUGCAUUGUCUACUAUCCAGUUAGAUAUCACAGAUGUUAAUGAUAAUGUUUCGUUCAUUAUAUUUCAAGUGCAUAGCCACAUUUAUAAUGUGACAGUGUCUAAUAAUUCAAAUAUGGAUAAUAGUAUAAAAGGAUAUUAUGUUACUGGAAAUAAUGUUGGCUUAUACAGUUCCACCAAGCCAAAAGUGGAUAUAUUUUACAUAAAGAAUCCCAAUGCAUUUGAUUUGUCAUUAUUAGUUUCAGUUUAUGGGUAUGGCGAAAAAGAUCCUAUACCCGGAGGUUGCAACAUGGAAUUUCCCAUGCCAAUUAGUCCAUUUAUGAGGACUACAUACUUUAAGAAUUAUAUCUUUGUUGAUGCAGCACCAGCUAGAUAUUACAAAGAUCCGGACUGCCUCAAUAUAACAAAUGUUCAUGUGGAAUUCUAUCUAAUGUAUUUGCCAGAAAAGAGAUAUGAUGCUGAAACCUACUAUAAUGGCAUUCGAAAUAUGAUGUCAUUAGAAAAGAUUAUCAAGAAUAGUUAUGCGAUUCCUAAAACUAGUUGGACCAUGCGACGCAUGUUAAGCGCGUACUCCGGCACAGGCACCGUUUAUGUGGCUGUAGCAAAAGAUAUUAGCAAACCAGAAUAUUACUCAGUAUAUGUGCCAACACAUAACUAUGCGUGCACAUCUCCCGAUGAUGACAACGACUGCGAAAUACUCGAGGACAUUUUAUCCAAAUUCAUCUGUGCCGCGUUAUUGUUCGUUGGCUUGUUCAUGUGCUAUUUUGGACAUCGGUUCUUCAAAACGGAGAUGUUCCUAUUUGGAAUGUUGAGUGGUGUGCUGAUUACUUAUAUAGUCAUAUCAAUAAUGGCAGACUUGGAUAAAUCAGCUCUUUUGUCAGCAUCAGUACUAUCAGGAGUGUUCUUCGGCGGUAUUUGGGUUACUUUCUGGUGGUUUUACGGGAUCCCGAUUAUCGCCGUGACGCUUCCAGCUUUGAAUUUGGGAUUUCUUUUAUCUGCCAUAAUGUACAACAGAUUACCAGGGGACAUCUUACUUAUUCAAGAGAACUUUAAUUUCUGGACGCUAUUCCUCUUGGUCACGACGCUUUCGUCUAUGAUACUUGUGUCUAUGACUUUUGUUUCCAAUAUACUUUGCUGUGCUGUACUCGGCGCUUACGCAGUCAUAUACCCUAUUGACUUCUACUUAGGCUCCAAUUUAAAGUAUAUCAUAAUCAAUACAGUGAGACGAGCAACGGUGCCUAAAUUCAAUAAGGCCGUCCUUCUUGUGCCAUUUGAAUGGAGAGACGUGCUUAUGGUAAUAAUGUGGAUAGUUUUGGCCAUAUCUGGUUUCGUGUUCCAACAUUACCACAAUCGCGGUCGGCCUCCGUUCCCGCCGCCUCCAAGAAGUGUCCGACCAGGAAGACCAGAACCAACCUAUGGUGCUAUACAACACAAUAAUAGGAAUGCCGAAGUAACAGAAAGCAACGCACCGCGCAUACCGUCUGGCAAUAUCAUCGACGAACGAACCCGUCUACUAUCUUGGGUUGACUCUACAUAUCAAUCAUAA